AUGGUCGACAGUUCUAUCCAAAGUGUAGCCGUUAUCGGAGCCGGUAUUUCGGGGGUUGUUAGUGCCGCCUAUCUACUGGCAGCCGGAAAAGAGGUAAUGGUCUUUGAAAGAAGCCAAGCAGCAGGCGGAGUAUGGCUCUAUGAUAAGCGAGUGCCGAUUGAAGCCCAAUAUCCAUCAAUCAAGCCACUUGAUGUGGAGCAGUACGUCAAAGAUGGUCGCGAGGGGAAAGAAAGGCAGGAUUUACUGCAUGCACCACCAGGUCCUUGUUAUGAAAAUUUGACAAACAACGUAUCAACGCCAUUGCUGCGCACCAAGCUAAAUGCCUGGCCGCAAGGAACUCCGCAUUAUGUCAAGCAUAGCGUCUUGAAAGACUACAUUCAAGAUACUUCCUAUAAAUCAGGCGUCUGUGAUGUGACCAUUUAUGGCGCCCUGGUCACCAAGGUAUACAAGCAGGAGCAAAAGUGGCAUGUUGAUUGGACUUUAUUGAAGGAAGAUUGUGAAACGGGGAGAAUGGUUGAAAGUCGCAAGUCGCUGACAUUUGACGCCGUUGUUGUUGCAUCAGGCCAUUACCACACCCCUCUCGUCCCAGAUAUCCCGGGCCUUUCCCACGCGAAAGAAAGAUGGCCAAUGAAGAUUACUCAUUCAAAGUCAUUCCGAAACGCCGAUGGGUUUGAAGGAAAGAAUGUACUUCUAAUAGGAGGUGGGGUUUCUUCAAUGGAUAUUGCUCGAGAGAUCAGUCCUGUCUCCCAAGCCAUCUAUCAAAGUACCCGAGGUGGCGUAUUUGACAUCCCCGCUGUUGCACUCCCCGAAAAUGCCUCAAGAAUCGAGGAGGUCACAUAUUUCGAGAUGAACGAGUCCCCAUAUCACUCCAAUGAGCAUUUACCGAUGAUUGUGCACUUGAAGUCUGGUCGAAUCCUGCACAAUAUUGAUAGAAUUGUCCUCUGCACGGGCUACCAGAUGGCCUUCCCAUUCCUUCCCCAGUAUAACAACAGCUCUGUGCCUGUGACAGAAGCAGACGACUCUACACUUGUCACAGAUGGCACACAGAUCCAUAAUUUGCAUCGCGACAUCUUUUACAUCCCCGAUCCGACCUUGGUAUUCGUGGGCAUUCCUUUCUAUACUGCUACAUUUACGUUAUUUGAAUUCCAAGCUAUCGCCGUCGCGGAGGUUUUCUCAGGAAAUGCACAGCUACCGCCAGCCAAGGAGAUGAAAAAAGAGUACCUGGAAAGAAUUCGCAUAAAGGGAUAUAGGCGAAACUUUCAUUCGCUGAAGGGUGAAGAAGACGCUUAUGUGAGCCAACUUCUCGAUUGGGUGAAUGGCGAUAGAGCCAAACGAAAUUUGAUACCGAUAGAAGGACAUACUGGCUCUUGGAUGGAGGCAAAGCAGGAACAAGUCGAGCGAUUGAGUCAACUCUUCCAAGGGACCCUGAAGAUAUACAAUCCCGGAAUUGGCGCUCAGGGGGUGCAAGUGUCAGCAUAG